GGGAGGAGGAAGAGGGAAUAAAGCAAGACGGGCUGCUAGAAUCGCAGACAGCCCGGGGAGUGCUUCCACUCGGGAGCCAAACCCAGAGCGCCCCAGACGGAUGGGGCUGCGGUUGCUGGAGGCGCGAGGGAUAAUUUGUCCUUUCUGCGUUCACCUUCCUCCAGCUAAAGUCCGAAAAGUGGCAGGGGAGGGGCUUGAACGUGGAGGGGGGCACAGGCGUCCCGAAACAAAGCUUUGGACCGACCCCCCACAGCCUUGGGUGAGAUAAGAGGCUAGGAGUGAAAGAAGUGAACUCGUUUUUCUGUGCCCGCUCAUAACUAAGAUUCCAGAUGGCAAAUUCUAUGAAUGGCAGAAAUCCUGGUGGCCGAGGAGGAAACCCUCGAAAACCACGCAUUUUGGGUAUUAUUGAUGCUAUUCAAGAUGCCGUUGGACCCCCUAAGCAAGCAGCGGCAGAUCGCAGAACUGUGGAGAAAACUUGGAAACUCAUGGACAAAGUGGUCAGACUGUGUCAGAAUCCCAAACUUCAAUUGAAAAACAGCCCACCAUAUAUACUUGAUAUUUUACCUGAUACAUAUCAGCAUUUGCGACUUAUAUUGAGUAAAUAUGAUGACAACCAGAAACUUGCCCAGCUCAGUGAGAAUGAAUAUUUUAAAAUCUACAUUGAUAGUCUAAUGAAAAAGUCAAAACGAGCCAUAAGACUCUUUAAAGAAGGCAAGGAAAGGAUGUAUGAGGAGCAGUCACAGGACAGGCGAAAUCUCACAAAACUGUCCCUUAUCUUCAGUCACAUGCUGGCAGAAAUCAAAGCAAUCUUUCCCAACGGGCAAUUUCAGGGAGAUAACUUUCGUAUUACAAAAGCAGAUGCUGCUGAAUUCUGGAGGAAGUUUUUUGGAGACAAAACUAUCGUGCCAUGGAAAGUAUUUAGACAGUGCCUUCACGAGGUCCAUCAGAUUAGCUCUGGCCUGGAAGCAAUGGCUCUAAAAUCAACGAUUGAUUUAACUUGUAAUGAUUAUAUUUCAGUUUUUGAAUUUGACAUUUUUACCAGGCUAUUUCAGCCUUGGAGCUCUAUUUUGCGGAAUUGGAACUUCUUAGCUGUAACACAUCCGGGUUACAUGGCCUUUCUCACCUAUGAUGAAGUGAAAGCACGACUGCAGAAAUACAGCACCAAACCGGGCAGCUACAUUUUCCGGUUAAGCUGCACCAGAUUGGGACAGUGGGCCAUUGGCUAUGUGACAGGGGAUGGCAAUAUCUUGCAGACCAUACCUCAUAACAAGCCCUUAUUUCAAGCCCUGAUUGAUGGCAGCAGGGAAGGAUUCUACCUUUAUCCUGAUGGGAGAAGUUAUAAUCCUGAUUUAACUGGAUUAUGUGAACCUACACCCCAUGAUCAUAUAAAAGUUACACAGGAACAAUAUGAAUUAUAUUGUGAAAUGGGCUCCACUUUUCAGCUCUGUAAAAUUUGCGCUGAGAACGACAAAGACGUCAAGAUUGAGCCAUGUGGCCAUCUGAUGUGCACCUCGUGUCUGACAGCAUGGCAGGAGUCAGAUGGCCAGGGCUGCCCCUUCUGUCGCUGUGAAAUAAAAGGAACAGAGCCCAUAAUUGUGGACCCCUUUGAUCCAAGAGACGAAGGCUCCAGGUGCUGUAGCAUCAUUGAUCCUUUUGGAAUGCCGAUGUUGGACUUGGAUGAUGAUGACGACCGAGAGGAGUCCUUGAUGAUGAAUCGGUUGGCAAAUGUUCGAAAGGGUUGCUUUCCCCGUGUCUCACAGAUUUUGGAUUGUUGUGUCCUCAUUUUCAUUUGUUUCAAGUGCACUGACAGACAGAAUUCACCAGUCACCUCACCAGGGUCAUCUCCCCUUGCACAGAGAAGAAAGCCACAAGCGGACCCUCUCCAGAUCCCACACUUAAGCCUGCCUCCCGUGCCUCCUCGCCUGGAUCUGAUUCAGAAAGGCAUAGUUCGGUCUCCGUGUGGCAGCCCCACUGGGUCACCAAAGUCUUCUCCUUGCAUGGUGAGAAAACAAGAUAAACCACUCCCAGCACUCCCUCCUCCCUUAAGAGAUCCUCCGCCCCCUCCACCUGAGCGACCACCCCCAAUCCCACCUGACAAUAGACUGAGUCGUCACUUGCACCCUGUGGAGAGUGUGCCUUCCAGAGACCAGCCAAUGCCUCUUGAAGCCUGGUGUCCUCGGGAUAUAUUUGGGACUAAUCAGUCAGUAGGAUGUCGACUCCUAGGGGAUGGCUCUCCAAAGCCUGGAAUCACAGCGAGUUCAAAUGUAAAUGGAAGGCACAGUAGGAUGGGCUCAGACCCAGUGCUAAUGAGGAAACACAGACGUGAGGAUUUGCCUUUAGAAGGAGCCAAGGUCUUUUCCAAUGGUCACCUGGGAAGUGAAGAAUAUGAUGUUCCUCCUCGGCUUUCUCCUCCUCCUCCAGCUGCCACCCUUCUCCCUAGCAUCAAGUGUACUGGUCCAUUAGCAAAUUCUCUUUCAGAGAAAACGAGAGACCCAGUAGAGGAAGAUGACGAUGAAUAUAAGAUCCCUUCAUCCCAUCCUGUUCCCCUGACUUCUCAACCAUCUCAUUGUCAUAAUGUAAAACCUCCUCUUAGGUCUUAUGAUAAUGGCCAUUGUAUAUUGAAUGGAACACAUGGAACACCUUCAGAGAUGAAGAAAUCAAACAUCCCUGAGUUAGGCAUAUAUUUAAAGGGAGAUGUUUUUGAUUCAGCCUCUGAUCCAGUGCCAUUACCACCUGCCAGGCCUCCAACUCGGGACAAUCCAAAGCAUGGUUCUUCACUCAACAGGACGCCCUCUGAUUAUGAUCUUCUCAUCCCUCCAUUAGGUGAAGAUGCUUUUGCUGCCGUGCCCCCAUCCCUUCCACCUCCCCCACCUCCUGCAAGGCACAGUCUCAUCGAACAUUCGAAACCUCCUGGCUCCAGCAGCCGACCGUCCUCAGGACAGGACCUCUUCCUUCUUCCUUCAGAUCCCUUUUUUGAUCCAGCAAGUGGCCAAGUUCCUUUGCCUCCCGCGAGGAGGUUGCCAGGGGAAAGUGUCAAGUCCAAUAGAACAUCACAGGAGUAUGACCAGCUUCCUUCAUCUGCAGAUGGUUCACAAGCACCAGCCAGACCUCCUAAACCACGACCCCGCAGGACUGCACCAGAAAUUCACCACAGAAAACCCCAUGGGCCUGAAGCAGCAUUGGAAAAUGUUGAUGCAAAAAUUGCAAAACUAAUGGGAGAGGGGUAUGCAUUUGAAGAGGUGAAGAGAGCCUUAGAGAUAGCCCAGAAUAAUGUCGAAGUGGCCCGUAGCAUUCUCCGAGAAUUUGCCUUCCCCCCUCCAGUCUGCCCACGCCUGAAUCUAUAGCAGCCGGGACUGUCGACACCCAAAUGGAAAGCAAGCGGUGCAUAUUCCAGGAGUGUGGAAAGCAGAGAAGUGCGGUGUAAUUUAAGAAGGAAGGUGUCUUGUCCUCACUUGGCGUUUUGAGAGAGGCUGGAAAGGGCUGCUUCUCAGAAGACGGCUGUGUGCUCAGGACAUUGACGGCUGCGGCUUCCUUGUUUUUGCUAGCCAUACUUUUAAAUCAGGGUUGAACUGACAAAAAUAAUUUAAAGACGUUUACUUCCCUUGAACUUCAAAUCUGUGAAAUGCUUUUCCUCGUUUACAAGUUGGCGAAGUUGCAGUUUGUUUUUAGUUUUGUUUUGUUGAUACUUGUACUGUGUUCUUGACGGACCCUUUGAGAGUGGUCAGGUCUGCUGUAACACUUCCCGCCACUCCCGUGCCGUCCACGUGUGGCACAGCUCAGUCUCAUACUCCCGUUGGUCUCUCCCAUCACGCCUCCACCCCCACCGAUCUCAUCUCUCCCAUUUACAAGAUGCUUUAAAGGUUCUGAUUUUCAACGUAUCAAAUUAAUGCAAAAAAAAAGUGUGUGGCCUUCACUACUGAGUCUUUUUUUUUUGGAAAUCAUCGCUGUUGAGAGAUGGGGAAAAUCUGAAUGUAUAAAACAUUUUAUUUUUUUCAGUAAGCUGCCUUUUCUAAGGUGUUUUCAUAUCAUACAGAGGAGCUUCCCUUUGUAGUGUAAUUUCUGGGAUCUGUAAUCUUCCACACUCUCAUCUUUGUCACCCUGGGGGUGUCACAACUGUAAACACCUAAACGUUCAGAAAGCAACCGCUGCAGAUGCGGGGAACUGCACUUGCACAUGACGAUGCUGCAUGGAAGUUCCAUAAUGCGGCCCCUAGUACAUGUGCCCGCGUUACUCUGAGGCAUGCUGAACGAGGGGGCUGUCUCCCUGAAACAUAUUAAUAAUUUUCAGAUAAAAUUGUGUGGUCGUACCUCUCCCAAGUAGAACAGAGUUCGUUUCCUAUUUGAGUGAUUACACUCUGGUACCUACCAGAUUUAGGAACCAGGUCAUUUUGCAGUGGAAACAUUAAACCUUUGAUGCACUGUUAAGUGCUAAUGCUACUGUGGCAAUGUUUGUUUUUGUUUUUGUUUUUUUUUUCAAAAUCCUUAGUAAUUUUCUUUCUGUCAUCAAAUUACAGUUCAUCAUAUGUAAUUUGUAGAUUCAUUCAUUGCUUCACAUAGCUCCAUCCAGUCAGGUGAAAGAAAUUUUAUAAUGUUGCCUUAUUUGGAAAAUGGAGGUUCGUUCUUCAGAAACCGUGUUAAUACUUUUAAUAACUACAAAUAUUCAUUGUGCACCUAUGAUGUGCUUGGCACUGUUUUUAAAGCACAAACUUACAGGCUGAUUUUAGUAUAAUGAUUUGUUUUAUCUGUGCAUUUGAUCAUAAAAGUCUCUUGGAUGGAAAAAGCCUGGAAGGUUUCCACCAAGUCUUCAGAAUUUUCAGGCAAUCUGCUUUUUUUUUCUUUCCUAAUGAAAAGUUAGUGGAGAAAUAAGACAAAACCUGGUCUGUGCAAACCAGCAGAACCCAUGGAAGGUGUUCUAAGUGCCACCUGACUGCAGGACUGGGCAUGUCUCUCCCGCUCCUUAACUUCACACACCGUGUGAUGUAGGAAGGCACAUGUGAUGGUGAACCUCUCUUCAGGACUUGAAAGGAUGUGACCAGUCAUCUGCAGAUCCUAUGGACUCGUGUAGUCCCGAGUCGACCUGGGGGGAGAACUAACACAUUCCUUUGCAAAGUAACACCUGCCUUACCUGACUAUUUCGCUGUCAUGAUAUGAGGUACUUGAGUCACAGGCCUGGAUAGUUUGUGCUCAUGUUUUAAUUUCUUCAGGUAAUGCUGAGUUGAUUAAUGUCCCUGGAAGGGAAUUCUUAACUUGCCUUAGCUGUUCUUCCUAUGAGUUAGGUAUAUGACUACAGUUUUUCUACACUUUUUAAAAUUAUAUUGGCCAGUUCUCCAUUGCUUUGUGAACUCCAUGUUAUGUCAUUGUGGUUUCUCAGUUGUUUGAUCAGUUUCUGAUGUCACAUUGGGAUAGCACUGUAUAUUUUGGCUUGUUUAUGACUUGCUGAUUGUAGGUCUAAAAUCUGAAGGUUGCGACUUCAUUGUGAUGACAUUGUUAUGACAGACUUAAUAGAUUAGGGAAGGAUGCGCAAUACACAUGUCAGAACAUAGUACAUUCUUAUUCAAACAAUUGUGGAAUAAUCAGAAAAUUUCAAGUGCGAAUUAGAAAAAAAAGAAGUGACUGAUGGUAAUAAUACUAAAUUUAGACCUGAAAAAAAUUUUAAAUCUAUUUUGCAAAGAAAACUUACUAGCCUCCACCAAAAUCUCUGCAUCUUGUAUGCAAUAGCAACCAUUGGUUUUAUCAUUAAAAAGAAUGGAUGAAAACUUAUACAGCAUGGAAUGGAAAAGGGGAAAAUACAUCAAACGCUCUCAUAAAAAACCCACUGCUACUUAUUACCUGUGGCUUAUCAAACUCCAAGAAAAAUGUUUGAGAAAAUAAUUAAAUGCAAAUAUCUGUAUUUAUAAAAAUAACUGCCCAUUAAUGGUUGGUAAUGAUCCCAACUUGAUUUCACUGUGAUCCAAAAAAGUUAGACAUUCCUCCCAUUUCUUAAGACCUGAUAGUAUGUUUUUUUAGCCUCUAUGCUAUUUUUUAGCCCUAAUAAUUAACACAACAUUAGCUCUCCUUUCCCCCAUCCCCCAAUGUGUCCUGGGAGUAAAAUAAUUUAUCCUCAAUGAUAGUGAAGUAAAGUAUUCUCCAUAAACUCAUUUCUUCUCAGUGUCUGUAAUAUCCUGGCCAAUUUUUUUGGAAUUGAAUCAGAGCAGUGCUUAUGGUGAACUUGAACUUCCUUCCACAAAGAUGACCUUUAAGCCCUUCUGUAACCAUUUCUCCUUGCUCACAUUGCAAAUAGUCUUAAUAGACCCCAACUGCAACUUCAAAGGGCCCAUCUGUAAACAUUUCACACAAGAACACUUGCAAAGAUUUCUUUAUAAUGUGAAUUUUCCCUUUUUUUAACCCCAGAAGUAUUUCCUACAGUUUGGACAUUGUUUCCUCUCGGAUUUUCAACUUGAAGCUUUAAUUUGCACUGAAUUAUCUAACCUGGUUGAAAUUUUAAUUUUUUUCUCUUAAGCUGACAGAUUUGGAAGCAAAUUACAGUAUGUUUUCAACAAUACAGGUACUGCCUGUUAACCUGGAAUUUUAGUGCUUCUAGGAAAAGUUUCCAGAAAAAGACAGAAAUAGAGUGAAUGGUUUUCUUCCCAAUUACUAUUUUAUUUUUUAAAUGCCUUUUAAAAAUUUGUCUAAUGUGACAAAAUAGUUAUGUGUUCAAUUAAUUUAUAUUUUAUCCUUUUUUCAAUUCUGGUUAUUAUGUAAACUCAAGUACUUUAUCUGUUCUUUUAAGGUAUUUUAUAAAAUGAAUGUUAACUAAA